AUGAUGGCAAGUAAAAGCAAAGCGGAUGCUCUUGUUAACGGUCAGUUAGAGGAGAGACCGAGGAUGGACACGAAGCAGGUUAUCAUCUUCGGACUUUUUCUCGUGCCCAUAUGGACGAGCAAAACGAACCGGUGCUAUGAUUACGACGAACUGAAUGAGGCAGCAGAGAGGAAGCUAAGGGCCCAUUACCCGCAGCCUCCGGAGCCUUCACCUACGGAGGCAGCUGACUCACCUGCUUCGUGUCCCGUGGCGUUUUACCAGCAGCAGCGGCCUCAGCACAUCAGCGACAGAUCCCUGUCCCCCUGGAGAUACAUACUUAUAACCAAGAAGGAUCACUUUCCCCCCACCUAUGCUGAGGCUCAAUGCCUGUGUUCAGGAUGCAUUCUGAUCCAGGACAUGAAUCCCCCAGUGGAAAGCCAUGACUACAACUCAGUCCCCAUAAAGCAGAGCAGGGUGUUUCUCAAAAGGGAGCUCUGUAAUGAUGGAAAGAAAUACCAUUUGAAGCCAGUUACUGUGAAAGUAGCUGUGGGCUGUACCUGCGCCAGAGUUACCUCUUUCUAG